AUGUACGAUCGCGUACGACAAGAUUUUGCCGAUGCUCUUCUAGGUUCUCGAGAGAGCGAUCGAUCUCAACUGCUGGAUCUCAAGACGGGCCUAGCAGCAUGGUUCAGCGCAUCUUGUCAAGGAAGAGCUGACAGCGCUAGAGCCGAGCAAGAAGUCAGAGGGGGUGUGGGACUGUUGGGAAGGGAUGAAGGGGCGCACGAAGGUCAAGAAGUGGGUGGAGCAACAGGAGGAGAAGCGUUGGAUCAGGAAGAUAUCGAUGCUUGGAACAGAGAAGCCAGGACUUGGCAGCUCAUCGCUAGGCUGUACCAGUGAGUACUUGUGAUGGUAAGUUGGCGCACAUGGACGAGCUUGGCACUGAUCCCACACACACGUGCCGCUGCUCAGCGAUCGCUUGUCGAGACAGCCAGCUGCCGAGCUGCAAGCUUCUCAAGGCUCCAGCUCCCAUCCCUACGAAACGCCGCUCAGCUCGGUGCAGAGACUCUUGGCCCAGAGUCCCGGUCUCGCAGAGCUCGAGGUGCGUCCCGAUCGCAGGGAUCUUCAUUCUCCUCGAUCUGGAAUUGGCGCUAAUCCACUCACCCAUCACCUUGCACCCACGUGCAGCUCGUCCGAACCUGGCUCUCCGAAUACCUGGGCGAGUCCGUGUCGGUAGUGGAGGUGCGCAAGGGCUACAGGCCAUACACGCGGAACAAGAUUCGCUCAGAAAAGCGCACAGGAUCGAACAAACCAGCUUCGCGUUUGAACAAAGAAAAGAUCGAGAUUUUGCGCACACAAAGCUUGGAUCCCGAUGCCCCUCAAGAAGUUCGAGAGGAUGCGACGUACGAAAAAGCGUUGACUCGAGCGCUGUUCGAAUAUGUCAGAGCUGGAAGACUCUUGGAGGCGCUGGAUUUGACCAGACAAGCGGAUCAACCUUGGAGAGCUGCCAGUUUGCGAGGUGCGAUACUGCAUUGGCGACCUGGUUGCGGCAACGACGAAGAAGCGCUGGACGAGCCAGAGGAAGCUACUGGAAAUCGCAAUCGCUUGUUGUGGAAGGCGGUUUGUCGCACUUUGGCUUCCAAGAGCGGCAUAGAAGAGCACGAAAGAGCGCUGUACGGCGCGCUUAGCGGCGACUUGCAAUCUGUGCUGGCCGUUUCUAGCAGCUGGGAAGCGCAUCUGUGGGCUUAUGUCAACGCUAGAUUGGAGGCGGCCGUCGACAAGGGACUGAAUGCACGGGCAGGCUGGUGGAGCCAAGACGCUACAGACACGUUUCCUGAAGCGUGCGGUCAAGUUGGGGCUGUGAAGCUCAACGAACUCGUCGUUCCCGACGCUCUCGCCAUCAUUCGACGAGCCAACACGACGGAGACGAUGGGAUCAGCAGACAAGGGCGAGAUCAAUCGAGAAUUGAAACAAAUCUUCGAGGUACUCGCCCAGACAGAGUCGCAUGGGGUUCAUGAACAAGCAAACAACCCGUACGCCGUUGUGCAACGAGCAGUCAUCCUGGACAACGUCAACGAGUUCUUGAUGCAUGUGGAGCAGCGUCUGUUGGAUAUGCGCGAAACGGCGGAUCCGAGGAUAUACGCCAGGCUAGUCAGAUUCUUUGCCCACCUCGUCCUCUUUCUGAGGAGAUUGCAGGUGGACAAACCUCCGUCGGACAUGGUGGCCAACUCCAUUUUGCGCGCCUAUGUCGAGGUGCUGGAGGUGGACGGCGCGAAGGAUAGCUUGGUCGCCAUGUACGCUAGCGCUUUGGAACCGGAAAGCGCUACGCAGAGCUAUGCGCAUUUCCUCAAGCUUAUGCCCAUCACCGCAACGGAAGAGGAGCGCAGAGCUGCACUUGCAAGAGCUAGCGAGAACGAUCUCGACGUGGCUGCUGUGGCUCGCAUGACGGUCGCGAUGAUCUUCGAUGAGCUCAUUCCGGUGAGUCUUGUCUCUCCCGCUUAAUGUCGAGCAGCGCUCACUGACGCGGAGAUUGGGAUGUCACUUUCUUUUGGCGUGUCGUGCAGAUGAUGCCGAGCGGCUUGGACCCUGAACAACCGCUUUUGCCUCUCGAAGCGCCCUUGAGCGAGGAGGAGAUUUGUCUCAUUCGCGCUAUCGACUGGCUCACGUACGACGAGUCCACUUCGGAGGAUGUCAUUUUGCAGAGCAACUUGUUACUCAGGCUCUUUUUGGUCUCUGGUAAGGUUAAUGCGGCUCGUCAAGUGCUCGAACAUGUGCCUGAGCACGCUCUCUUCGUCUUGGACGAUGCGCAAGUGGCCGAGGACGAGAAGACGGAGCAUCUGCAUUGGAAGACAUUUUUCGAAGCGUACGAAGCUCACGUCCGGUUCAGCGAGGUUUGGAACAAACGGACAACGACGAUGGGGUCGGAUCAUGCGCGACAGACUUCGAGGCACGCUUUCGUCCACGCGCUCUAUGAAAUCGUCGAGAUGGCGCAGGAAAAAAUGGAAGAGGUGUUGCAGAUGGAUUGGCUAAAGAUUCAGGUGGUGCUCGUCGAUGUUCAGGCUGAACGCAGAGCAUUGGAAUUGACUCGCAUACGCAAGAUUUACAUUCCGGAGCUCAUCUUUAGGCUACACUUUAUGCUCCUGGACUCUUCCGAGUUCAUUCCUGGGUACGUACCAGUAUCGCCUCUUGGCGCUUUGCACGCCAUGGCAGGAGAGAAAGCUGACUCCAUGACUCGCACCAUCGGACCAACUCUUGUAUCUUCGCACUCAGCAAUCUUGCGAUUGCCCUGAACUUGCCAAACUUGGUGGCAGAUGAGAAGCACAAGCUUUACUUGGACUUUAUCUCCAUGCACGGUAAUUCGCUCAAGCAGUACCUUGCCUUUGUCCGACAAGCGCACCUAGAAUCUUUCGAUCGACUAGGCACCGACUCGUUCAAGGCUGCCGCAUCCGCUCCUACUUUGUCAGGCGCAUCUUGA